AGGAGUUCAGUGGGGCACCGCGUGCCGCGCAGGCGCUAGGGGAGAGGUGCCGGAGCCGCCAUCAUGGCCUGUGUCAACCCCGUGCCUAAACUCUACAGAUCAAUAAUUGAAGAUGUAAUUGAAGGAGUGCGGGAUCUAUUCGCUGAAGAAGGUAUAGAGGAACAAGUUCUAAAAGACUUGAAGCAGCUCUGGGAAACAAAGAUUUUGCAGUCUAAAGCAACGGAAGACUUCUUCAGAAAUAGUGCCCAUACACCCGUGUUCACCCUUCCAUUGCCAAACAGCUUGCACCAAACAUUGCAGUCAUCAACAGCAUCAUUAGUUAUUCCUGCUGGUAGACCUCUUCCCAGUUUUACUACAGCAGAACUGGGCACCUCAAACUGUAGUGCAAGUUUCAAUUUUCCUGGUUAUCCUAUUCAUGUACCAGCAGGUGUGACACUACAGACUGCAUCUGGUCACCUUUAUAAAGUCAAUGUACCAGUUAUGGUGACACAGACUUCUGGAAGAGCAAGUAUUCUACAUCCAAUUCAGCAAGUAUUUCAGCAGCUUGGGCAGCCUUCAAUAAUCCAGACCAGCGUUCCAUGCCUGAACCCAUGUUCUCUCCACGUGACUGCUGAAAAAUCACAGAGAAUAGAAACUGUGCUCCAGCAACCCACAGUUCUUCAUUCUGGGUUGGUGGAUAGGAAACAUUUGCAAAAUGCAGCCAGUGAUACACUUGCACUUCCUGGAAAUGAGCGUGAAAUCAUGUCUGAAGCUUUGUUGAGUCAGCCAGAAAGCCUGACUCAGUAUAUCCAUCUUCCAGGUGUUUUGUUUCCUCCACAGGUCUCUCAGAUAGAUGAACACGGGGAGCCAGUGCUUGGUGUUUCAGGCGGCAUGACUCAAAAUCUGAAUGGUGUGCCCCUCUCCACUGGCCGAAAGGGGGCCCAGCACCAACACAUGUCUGAUAUUCAGCUUCAUGUUCUUAAAAAUAGGAUGUUUGGAUGUGAUUCUGUAAAGCAGCCAAGAAAUACAGAGGAGCCCAGCAGCCUACCUGUCUCAGAGAAGGAUUCUAAUUCUCAGAUGGAUUUAAGCAUUCAGGUCACUGAUGAUGAUAUUAAUGAAAUAAUUCAAAUAGAUGGAACCGGUGAUACAUCUUCCAAUGAUGAAAUAGGAAGUACAAGAGAAGUAGAUGAAAAUGAAUUUCUAAGGAUUAUUGAUGCAGGAGACCUGAAGGUACUUGAAGAAGAAGCUGACAGUAUCUCAAAUGAAGCUUCAACUGCCAACAGUAGUGAUAACGAAGAUCCUCAAACAGACAUUGUAGAAGAGGACCCCUUAAAUUCUGGAGAUGACGUUAGUGAUCAGGAUGUGCCAGACCUGUUUGACACGGAUAAUGUAAUUGUCUGCCAGUAUGACAAGAUUCAUCGAAGCAAGAACAAAUGGAAAUUCUAUUUGAAAGAUGGUGUUAUGUGUUUUGGAGGGAGAGAUUAUGUAUUUGCAAAAGCCAUUGGUGAUGCAGAGUGGUAAAACUUAAGAGCUCGAUACACCAUAAACAUCAGUGGGACUAUAUCACAUAUUGUGAAACCUAUUUUUAUUUUUUAUAUAGCCCAGUACAGAGCUGCUCAAAUUUUUAAGUUCACUGUGUGGAGUUUAAUAAAACUAUAAUUCAGAUGCAGAUACAAAUAUACAA